AUGUCAGCUUACCCUACCGUUGGAAAUCGAACCACUUUAGCUACAGGACUGGGCAAAGCGUUGAAGAAUGAGUUGAAAGAUCUGCACCUUGGUGCCAACGAGGAUUUCCACGCUGAAAGAAGGAAACACACUCAGAUUUUAGGUAUUCACAAUAUACCUGGAGGACUAGACACACCCAUUGGAGGAGUUGAGUUCACAGCUAUUAGAGGUCCACACGGCGUAAUCCCCUUGAGAUGCUUACACCCUACGAAUCACAACGGUGGUGCUCUGGUCUACAUGCAUGGAGGCGGAUAUACCGUCGGGUCAGGUGACGAAUUCGAAAGGGGUUUGAGAAUUGUCGCUGAGGAAUCAAACGCCCAGGUUUGGAUCGUCGAAUACCGUCUGGCUCCAGAAUGGCAGUACCCCACACAACUCGAUGAAUUCGAAGCUGUCAUCGAGUGGCUACAAGGUCGAGAUGGCGAGCAACGAGGCGUCGACCCCGACAAAAUAGUUGGUGGUGGUGACUCCGCUGGUGGAAACAUGACGGCUGCUUUGGCUCUCCGACUCAUGGAUCAAGGUAAAAAGAACAUGGCUGGUCAACUUUUACUGUAUCCCGAAGCUCGAGUACCUUUUGAUACCAAAGCAUGCGAUGAGAACAAUUCUGGAUAUUACCUAGAAGCCAACGGUAUUUUCAGUUUUGCCGAUCAUUACGCUCCCAGAGGUACACCACCUUCCACUCGAUACAUAUCACCAGGGAUGCAGCCUACCGAAAAGCUGAAAGGUGUUCCGCCUUCAUUCGUUUUCACCUGUGGCUUUGAUCCAUUGCGUGAUGUCGGAGUAGAAUACGCUCAUAAACUCCAAGAAGCAGGAAACAAAGUUGAAUGGGUACACCAUCCUGAUCUAACUCAUGGGUUCCUCCAAUUCGGACACUGGAGUUCCGAUUGUGACGAAGCCACCAAAGGAGUUGGUAAAGGCUUGAAGGCAAUUAUGGAAGGCAAUUGA